UGCCGCCUUUCAGACUGAGCGUUGGUCGCAGUGGUGCGGUGGCUGCCGAUGAGCUGUGAGUGGGCAGUCGGUGGCGGAGCGGGAGCCCGAUGGGAGGAGGGUCGGUGCGGGUGAGGCGACUGAUGAUGGUGCUGAGGAAGCUGCUCAAGUGUUCUCUGCGGGACUACGGUCUCUGCCUAGCCCUGGUGCUGCUGCUGAGCCUGGCCUCGCUCUGCUUCCAGCUCAACGGCGGCGCCCCGGCCCUGCUGCUGGAGCUCCGCAAAUACCUGGGCAGUUCUUCUUUUCUGGAUGGGUAUCAUCAUCAACCCCUCAAGGUUAUGCCUUUCCCCAGCCAGCUGGUAUACAACAGAGUUGGAAAAUGUGGAAGCCGGACAGUGGUGCAGCUGUUGAGGGUUCUAGCAGAGAGAAACCAUUUCAGCCUCAUAAAUUCAGACAUACACAACAAAACCAGGCUAAAUAAAAAUGAACAGAUGGAAUUAAUAAAUAACAUCAGUAUUGGAGAACAACCUUACUUGUAUACACGGCAUGUCCAUUUCCUCAACUUUACAAGGUUUGGUUUGGAGCAGCCUGUACAUAUCAACAUAAUCAGGGAUCCAAUUAAUCGGUUCGUGUCAAACUAUUUCUUCCGACGUUUUGGAGAUUGGCGAUCUGAACAAAAUCAUCAAAUCCGAACACCAGGGAUGAAAGAUGAAGAGCGAUACAUGGAUAUCAAUGACUGCAUUUUAGAAAAUUACCCUGAAUGCAACAAUCCCAGAGUAUUCUACAUUAUCCCUUAUUUUUGUGGGCAGCAUCCCAAAUGCAGAGACCCAGGGGAAUGGGCUCUACAGAGAGCUAAAGAGAACAUGAAUGAGAAUUACCUGCUUGUAGGAAUUCUAGAAGAGCUGGAAGAUGUACUGCUUUUACUGGAGCGAUUGUUACCUCAUUACUUCAAAGAUGCUAGCACUCUUUAUCACAGUGCAGAGUACAGAAAACUUGGAAAUGGGACAAUCACUGUGAAGAAACAGAAACCAUCCCCAGAAGCACUGGAAGUGCUGUUCCAACGAAUGCGGUAUGAAUAUGACUUCUAUAACUAUGUCAAGAAUCAGUUCCAUUUAUUGAAACGGAAAUUCGGCCUGAAGACUCGAGGCAGAGCUCCAUCUAGAGAGUACGUAACUCCAUCCCAAGUGGAAGGGCCUGACCAUAUACAUGAUGAUGACGAUGACACAUGGUUGAAAGACAUUUAUGGAUGAUUACAAGAAGUUACUUGUUGGGGGCCUCAGUGUGUCCUUUAUGUUGAAAACUCCACAAAGAACUGCAUUUGGUCAGGAGAAGCUGCAGUAUUGGUCUGUUCUGGAGAUUAGAUUAAAACAUUCACAAUUGCAGUCAGUCUUUGCCAGGCAGAUGUAUGUAACUUACACUUUUCAUGCUAUUGCAUGAUUUUAUUUUUUUUUCUGAAGUUUCUUUACCAACUGCUGUACCAGCAGGUAAGACACUUUUUUAACUACUAUAUCUGCAUUUUAAAAUAUAUAUUAAAGGAUUUAUUUAGUUACAUUUUUAAAAAUGUAAAGAAGAUAAUGCAUUUUAACAUUCUGAGGAAGGUAUUAAUCCAGUUAGAUACUAGCUCAUUUUCCGAAACUUUUGGAUCUUCAAACAGAAGAUAGCAUCCGAAGAAAUAAAGUUGGACUGGGGCAUUUUGUAGUAUUUUCAAGACUGUAUUCACAUUUGUGAUUUGUCAGAAAAUAAACAAUUUAAAAGGAUUGUAUGGUUGCAACAUUGACAAAAUGUAAUAUUUGUUAUAUUUUAUUUCAAACUUUGAACAGAAAUAUUUUUGUGACAAGUCUAAUUAACAGUACAUAGAAUGUACAAAACAGAAGCAGACCAUUUGAUCCAUUAAGUGUUGAUGUUCUACCAAAGUCUCUUCCCAUCAUUUCAAGUCCAAAUUGUCAAAAUAACCUUCAAUUUCCAUUGCUUGGACAUUUAGCCCCAUAAAUACAAAUGUAGCCCCCUCACCAGACUUGUAUGCAAAUUUGGUUUGCUGGCCAGCUCCACCUUUCACAAGCAACAAUAUGUCUAGGGUCGGUAUGAUUUGGGGUUCCACCAAACAGGAAUAUCAUGAUGUUCCGAUGAAAGAAACAUCGAUUUGAGCGAAUGCUGUGUAAAUACUGCCCAUACACAUUUGCCGAUCAGAAUACACCGCAUAAAAUUAUAAAGAAAGUAUAUUUACAAAUUUCAGUUUUAUCAGACAGUUAAUAGGAAAGAGAAACAAACAAAAAGGGCCCAUUACAGUUAGACCAGUCCAAUGAGCACAUAAAGUUGGAGCUCUCAUCCUGGAGUUGUGUUUACGCAUGCACUGGAUCCAUGGUCUACAUGAAAGCACACGCCACAUUCUGAUCUUAGCUCAAAAUCCAUCUGAAGCAAGCGAGCUGUCUCACAGGAGUACUGGCCCAUUCUUCCUGGAGCCAUUCAUCUGCAUGAAGCACUCUGUGCAACGGAGACUUGCCUUCCUGCAGUAUCCUGUGGCAUCUUUCCUUCUCUGCAUUUCCCGCCAAAAGCCCCAAACAAGACUGUGUCUGUCACACAUCUCCCUCUGUCCAGCUCUCUCUAGAACUUUCUCCCAAUUCUACCAUCCUGAUUGGCUGAAACAACAUUCUUAAGUUGAACAGCAGGGCUUCUUUAGCUGAAACAAACAUUUUCCGAACAGGACACACGCUCGCAGAAACUGCUAAAAUGAAAUACCUACAGCAUAGCAGUAGAAAUCUUAAUCAGGGCUUUACAUCUCUCUACCAUUUGUUUUAUUCAUUUGCUGUGGAAGCAGAUUUCAUGUUUUUGCCACAUUCUGGGUAAGGAGCUAUAUUUUAGGACGACUACCUGGAGUCUGAAAUCUGGAGCAACACGGGUUGCUAGAGGAAAGCAACAGGUCAGACCAUAUCUAUGGAGGGAAAUGGACAGUCAACACUUUGGGUCAAGUCCCUUCAUCUGGACUGAAAGAUAGAAUGGAGAUGACCAGACAAAACGAUGCAGGAAAUGGGUGAUCAAGAACUAGCAGAUGAUAGAUUGAUCCAGAUGAUGAGAGUGGGAGGGAAUGAUGUCAGAAACUGGGAGGAUGGGGGUGAAUGACAGAAGAGCUGAUUAAAAUGGAAUCUUAUAGGUGGAGCAUGGAAUAAAGGGAGGGAGGUAGAGCUGGGAACCAGUGGCAGCAUAUGUGCGUGAUGGAUCUAUACACCUAUAUUAACACAUGAUAUCAUAGUGAACUGUCCCACUGAGCAAAUCCAAGGAAGUUACACAACUUGUCAAUGCAAAGUCACAUCCCAUCAAGCACACCCAGAGGUACUACAAGCCAACUUGGAUGCAGAACACUACUCAUUUGACACUUGCAUCGAAUACUACUUUGACAGAUAUUGCAGGCAUUAGCUCCUUUUGACUCUGCAUCAACAUCAACUUUAACCCUGAAUGUACAACAACACUAUGAGUCUUUUCUCCUUCCUGACCAACUGGACUUAGGCUGAAUUCAUAGGAAAGUUUGCAAUUUUAGUCCUACAUAUUAGAAUCAAAGAUUCAAAUUACAUUUAUUAGUAAAGUAUGCAAUAUACAACUCUGAGAUUCAUCUUCCUAUAGACAGCCACGAAACCAAAGAAACCAAGCUAUGGAACCCUUUAAAAGAAAACAUAGCGAACCCCCAACACACAAAAAAAGGAACAAAUUGUGCAAACCGCAAAAAAACACAAGCGGAAAACUCGAUAUAAAACAUCAAACCACAAAUUAUCGAACCAGCCCAGGCAUAUUCAAUUCAGUUCAUUCUAGCUCUGUGUAGAUCGUUAACUUAACUAUAGGCCACAGACCUAGUCCAUCUGAUCAAAAUUUGCACAAAAUACCAACGAGAAAGGAGGAACCAGAAAGCAGAAGUACAUAAUAUGAACUAGCGUCCAAUCCACAAACCGCAUCGAUUAAACUUUGCCCAAGACCCAGGAUUCCAGCAGCAUCAAGCGCAAGGGAAAGAGACUAUUUGAACACAGGGACUUUCCUCCGAUAGCAGUGGACGAGAGAGUGUGAGAGACCUUCAAACGCAGACACGUUUCUCCAGCAGCAGUAAGCAAGAGGCUGGUAGAUGCCACUGAACACCUGUUCCAUGAUUUCAAUCUUCCUUGACACUUUAAUUGGCAAGAAAUGGAGUCGAUCAUGGGCUUGACCCCCUCCUCCAGGUCGCACACUUUGCUCAAAACCUCCCUCAGAGAUGACAAAGUACCAGAUUGCUCAAUUGGCCCGAAAACACACGACUAAAAUGCAGAUCAUAGGCUCCAAAAAAUAGCGGAACCAUAUUUGAAAGACAAGCAAGAGAAGUAGUUUUUUGAAUCAUCUGAAAAAUGUCGCCUUGGUCACGUUGUUCGCUGGCUCCACCUUCCCAGGUUGACUCUAUUAAAAUUUGGAUUGAAGUGUUCAGUAAACAAAAAAGUAGUUCCAUUUCAUCGCCUUAUAAUGGAUUUAAUCCCAGAAUUGAGAAGUGCCUGGCUGAAACCUUCACAAUCACUUUUUAUUCAUUCUAUCAGUUCGGGCUCAGGUCAUGCUGACAGACGGAGUGGCUGCUUCUUCGUGAUUUUGUAACGGAAAGUCAUUCCCAUCUCUUAAUCAAAUAUCUGCCAAGAUAACUUUCUAGUUUACAUUUCUCAUUAUCUCUCUUGCCUAGCAGUCUGCUCCUUCAUAUAGAAUCUACACCUUCCCACAUUUGAAUCAUGUAAUGUUUGGAUUUUUGUCUUAUUUCUAGGAAUGCCACAGUUGCUUUGUUAUUUUAGUAUUGAUAACUGUUUUUCAGCGACAUUGUAUUUACAUUAUUAUAAAUGUUGCUUUGAAAUGGUGUUGCUGAGCGAUUCCCAAUUCCUCAGCUCUCAAAACAAUGAAAAUUAUGACACCUCUUAGUCUUUUGCUCCAUUGUCAGGCAUUCAGCUAAUUCUGAUCAUGCCUGAACUCUAGCUCUCAACUCGUACUAGAUUCUCAGUGUUUCUCAGAUUUCUCAUUCAUACUUGGUAUUGCAUAUAUAUUCUGCAUAACUCUGUCAGUAGUUCUUGGGAUUGGUGCUAUCCGGAUUACACCAAGUGUUUGGAAAUCCUGAACAGGCUACUGGCAUCUACUGCCCAAAAUCUGUCCAAAUACAGUACAGACAAGAAAGGUUAUAUUUCUACAUGAGUUUAAGAAUCCAGAAGUCUUCAAAUUAAGUUUAAAAUUAAGGAUUGAUUUGGUCUUAAAACAUUCAUUUUCAAUGGUUGUUUGAUGAAAGAGGUACAAGAUAAAAGAGUCACAAUCAAUAG